AUGGACCCUGUGAGCGCCAUAUCGCUUGCAGCGGCAAUUGCUCAAUUUAUCGACUAUUCUUGCAAGAUUGUGUGCAAAAGCAAAGAAAUAUACAAUUCCACCAGCGGUCUCACUACAGAACAUAAUAGAACCGAAACAGCCACCCUGCGGCUUAAAGAACUGACACAGUCAAUACAUUUGCCACCAAAAAGAACCAAUUCUGGAUCCAGCAUCGUUUACUCCAGACUUCAAAUAAUCACUCAAGAAUGCAUGAUUGUAUCUGAUACCCUUGUCAAUCGGCUCAAUCAAUUGAAAGCACCUACCCAAUCACAGCAUCCAAAAUGGAAAAGCUUUCGAAUGGCAUUGAAGAGUGUAUGGUCGAAACAUGAGAUUGAUGAAUUUGCUCUAAGAUUGAGAGAUCUCAGAAAAGAACUCGACACUGAGUUGCUUCUGCUAUUGCGAGAUGGUUCAGAUUCAAUGUCAUCUGCAGCAGAGAACCAUUUCCAAAAAUUGGACGAAAAUACGAAGAGAGUUUUGAUUGAGCUUCUCAAGAUGCAAUCGUCAGAUCAAGACUUUCUUCGUCGCUUUGAACGACUGAGUCUUUCUCAGCAAUUGGAGUUUCAAAAGCUUGGCCUAUUGACCGCUAAGCAGAAUUAUAGCUUUGAAUCUUUAAAUAAAGACACCAAGAAUAUCAUCGACUUGUUACUUGAAUCAAGAGUCUACUGCAACGAGAACUUGGUCCUAUCUCGAAAAUUAGUGGAACAGAACCGCCAGGCUGGCUUUGAGCUAGUGGAGCGUGAUAAUAGACAGCGAGUUCGACGGGCUCAAAAGGUCCGACUCGCUAUCUUAGAGUCCCUUCGAUUUUCAGACAUGAAUCAUCGACCAGAUAUGAUAGCUAGUCCAUAUCAAAGCAGCUUUGAGUGGAUCUUCAGAGAUCCUCCUGUUCAUCAAAAACCAUGGAGCAAUUUCGCAACUUGGCUCUCUGAAAGUUCGGGUAUCUAUUGGAUACAGGGAAAACCAGCAAGUGGCAAGUCGACUUUAAUGCGUAACAUAUAUGAGCACCCGGAAACCGCAAUCUUGUUGAAGAAAUGGGCAGGAUCCUCCAAAAUAAUAAUGAGUGCAUUUUAUUUUUGGAUAAGUGGGACAGAAAGACAACGAUCUCACAUCGGACUCCUACGCACACUUCUAUAUGUCUUCUCCGACAACACCAGGAUCAAUUCUAGAGAUAUCCACGAUGAUGGUGCGAAUGUCGACAUAGAAACACAUGAUCUACAAUUUCCACAAUUGAUGAAUGGUCUCUAG